CUUUGCAUCACCCCAAAAGAAAGAAAAAGAAACUGAACUUCUCUCUUUCUCUCACUUCACAAUUCACAUUCCUCUUUUUAGGGUUUCUUUCUCAUCAUCGCCACGGAGAUUCAGAUUCUCACCUUCCCCAUUCUCAUUCAUUCAUUCCCCUUCCUUCUUCGCUCACUGUAUCUCAACUCGGUGAGUCAACUCGCUCUUCUUCCCUUCGUCAACCCACACGUUCUCCUUAUUUUCUCAGUGUGAGUCUUAUCUCGAUCUCUCUCCUACUUUAACACCCCCAAACCCUUUUUUCUUCUUUUCUUUUAUUUUGUCGAUUUCUAAGUACAACGUUUGUGUCUUUCUAGUUUUUUUGAUUUGGUACGAGUUAAGUUUGGUUUAGGAAUGCAAAUUUUUCGACCACUUUUCGAUGAUUCCGAUGAAAAUAGCCACAGAUAAGAAUAUAGGAAAAGGGAAAAAACCCAAUUCUCAAAUCACUUUGCCAUUGUUGAAUUGUUAUUCUCUAGUAAUUUGAAGUGGGUGAAUGAAUGGCUGGUUCUGGUGAUAGUAGAGUUGAGAAUUUGAUUUGUGCUAGGAAGUCGUUGAAACUUAGCCUUGAGAAAUCAAAGGCUGUGGGGUUAGCUUUAGAGAAAGCUGGGCCGAGAUUCGAUGAGAUUAAGCUUAGGCUGCCUUCGCUGGGAUCUGCGGUUAGGCCAAUUCGGGCGGAGAAGGAUGCCCUUGUGGCUGUUGGCGGUCACAUUAAUCGGGCAGUUGGCCCUGCGGCUGCCGUGCUGAAGGUUUUCGAUGCGGUUCACGGGCUUGAAAAGUCGCUUUUGUCGGACCCGCGGAAUGAUCUUCCGGGCUACUUGUCGGUGUUGAAGCGACUGGAGGAGGCGUUGAGGUUCUUGGGUGAUAAUUGUGGGUUGGCUAUUCAGUGGUUGGAUGAUAUAGUUGAGUACUUGGAGGAUAACAACAUUGCGGAUCAAGUGUUUCUCUCGAAUUUGAAGAAGGAGUUGGAGGGACUCCGGGGUUCAGGGAAUGGGGAGCUGGAUGGUGGCCUCUUAGCUGCCGCGUUGGAUAAGUUGGAGAAUGAGUUCCGGCUUCUCUUGACUGAAAACAGCGUGCCUCUUCAAAUGUCUGCCCUUGGUGAUCAAGCCUGCAUUGCCCCUUCGCCUUUGCCUGUGCCUGUUAUUCACAAGUUGCAGGUGAUUCUUGGAAGAAUGAAGGCUAAUGACAGACUUGACAAGUGCAUAUCAAUUUAUGUCGAAGUCCGUGGUUCUAAUGUAAGAGCAAGUUUGCAGGCUCUCAAUUUGGAUUACCUUGAGAUCUCAGUGUCUGAAUUCAAUGAUGUGCAGAGCAUAGAGGGUUAUAUAGCUCAGUGGGGAAAGCAUUUGGAGUUUGCCGUGAAACAUUUGUUUGAGGCUGAGUAUAAGCUUUGUAAUGAUGUGUUUGAGAGGCUUGGUUUGGAUGUAUGGAUGGGUUGCUUUUCAAGGAUAGCUGCACAGGGUGGUAUGCUUGCAUUUCUUCAAUUUGGGAAGACUGUUACAGAGAGCAAGAAAGACCCCAUUAAACUUUUGAAGCUGUUGGAUAUUUUUUCAUCCUUGACUAAAUUGAGGCUGGAUUUCAACCGUCUUUUCGGGGGCGCAGCGUGUGUUGAAAUCCAGAAUUUGACAAGGGAUCUUAUCAAGAGUGUAAUUGAUGGGGCAGCAGAGAUUUUCUGGGAACUUCUGGUUCAGGUGGAGUUACAGAGGCAGAACCCACCCCCUCUAGAUGGGAAUGUCCCAAGAUUGGUGAGCUUUAUCGCUGAUUACUGCAAUAAACUCCUAGGGGAGGACUAUAAGCCGAUUCUGACCCAAGUUCUGAUUAUUCAGAGAAGUUGGGAGCGUCAAAGCUUUCAGGAGAGACUCCUUGUUAAUGAGGUUUUGAAUAUAAUCAAAGCUGUUGAAUUGAAUUUGGAGACAUGGAUUAAGGGUUAUGAGGAUCCUAUGCUUUCCAAUUUUUUCGCUAUGAACAAUCACUGGCAUCUGUACAAGCAUUUGAAAGGGACAAAGCUCGGGGAUCUCUUGGGGGAUUCUUGGCUAAGGGAGCAUGAACAGUAUAAGGACUAUUACUCCACAAUAUUCUUGCGGGACAGCUGGGGCAAGCUUCCUGGACAUUUGAGUAGGGAGGGGCUGAUUCUUUUUUCAGGAGGACGCGCCACUGCUCGUGAUCUGGUCAAGAAAAGAUUGAAAAAGUUCAAUGAAGCUUUUGAUGAGAUGCACACCAAGCAGUCAGGUUGGAUCAUCCCUGAACGAGAUCUCAGAGAGAAGACGUGUCAGCUUAUAGUGCAGACUGUGGUGCCUGUUUACCGGAGCUUCAUGCAGAACUAUGGUCCCUUGGUUGAGCAAGAUGCAAAAUAUGUGAAAUACUCAGUGCAGAAGCUGGAGGAAAUGCUUUUGCUUCUUUACCGACCAAAGCCUGUAAGACAUGGCAGCUUGAGAAGCCCGCAGUCUAAUGGAAAAUAUGGUAAUGGAAUAUCAAAUCUUCGCCGGACAGCUUCUGCAGUUGAGUAAUAUCAGGUCAAACAUCAUUAUUGAUAUUCUCUCCCCCUCAUUAGAUGGAUGGCUACUGUAUAUAAUUUUCUCCUGAGCCCUGUAGUGCAUAAUAUAGGCUUUUCUUAGAUUCUGAGAAGGGAGUUGAGCACCGCCAUUCAAAUAUCCGAUAUUAUCACCUGAAAAUGAAGUUUUGUUUCUCAUCUGAGACGAUAAUCUGGUUAUAAUUUCUGCAGAGCAGGGGUUUCUGCAAAAGCUAUGCGAUAUCUAAGAGUACCAUAUGUUAUGACCCUUUGACAAAUAACUGUGAACCUUUCUAAUGUGGUUCUUUGGUCAUACUCCCAGCUAAAGUAUUUUUUAUUUUCUCAAUCUUCAUCUCCAUCCAUUCAGUUGUUUGUAGCAGCAGGAUAUUGUAAUAUGCAUAUUUUAAUGUACAAUUUUUUUCUAAUAUACAUUGAUUUAGAAGUUUAGCUUAAGAGAAUAUUUAGUCAUCAAUAUUGUAGGUGGUGGAGUUGUUAAUUGUAAAUGCAGAAGCCCUUCUGAGCUGCUUGUUCUGUGAACUAUUAAAGGAUGCCUUUUCAACAA